AAAUCUCGGCUGAUUUUCCUGGUUUGGACUUCACUGCGGUGCCGAAGUUGGAGUUGGUCUCGCUGGUCUGGUCAGUAUCUCUGUAACUGACCUCACCGAACGGAACCAUCCAAACAGCAGGGCAAGUUACAACAACAGAUGAAAACAAAACAAAAAUAACCCUGUAACACACAGCCUAGACUGGCCGCCUGAGGGUCAAAGAGGGACAGAAUUGGAGCUUGCUCGGAAAAUACCGGCAGCGUUGCAGCUCUUGGAGAGCCCGGCUGAACAAAACACACAUUAACCUCCGCUCGUUACAGAGAAGCAAUCCUUUGAAAGGGCCAUGCGGUUGUCAUAGCGUUCACUUUUAAUGAUGCCUCCUGCCAUGAUGGAUCCUUUGGAUAUCUGGGCAGUAGAUUCCCAGAUCCCAACAGAUAACAGUAUCACUGCAGAUUUCUUACUACCCACUGGAAUGUACAUUCAGUUGGAUGUGCCUCGCGAGGCCACCAUUGAACAUAUCAAAUCACUCCUAUGGGCACAGGCACAGGCAUACCCACUGUACAGUGUUCUGGGCGAACAGGAUUCCUAUAUGUUUCAAUGUGUAAACCAGUCAGCUGUGCAUGAAGAGCUGGAAGAUGAGUCUCGUCGCCUGUGUGAUGUUAGACCCUUCCUUCCUGUUUUAAAGCUUGUAGCCAGGAACUGCAACAGAUCUGAGAAACUACUGGAUUCAAAAAUUGGUGUACUUAUUGGGAAAGGUCUCCAUGAGUUUGAUGCACUAACAGACCCUGAGGUUAAAGAAUUCCGCAGCAAAAUGCGUAAAAUCAAUGAGGAGAAUAUGUUGAAACGUCAAGGGCUGUCCUGGAUGGACUGGUUGCAGCAUAACUUUCCCCCCGAACUUGAAUCCACUGGCUUUAAUAAUACUGAAGACAAACUGCACAAAGACAAUUUCCUCGUAGCUAUCCGGUUUGAGUCUUGCCAGGACAUCUUCAAUUUCCAGGUAUCUCCAAACUUGAAUCCCCUUCACUUAAAUGAACUUGCCAUUCGGAAACAGCUGACCAACCAUGGGAAAGAGAAUGAGGAGUUCAAUCCCAGAGAUUUUGUGCUACGCAUAAGUGGAAAGCAGGAAUACCUGUUUGGCGAGCAGCCACUGAUUCAAUUCCGGUAUAUAAGAAACUGCGUGUCAAAAGGAAUCCACCCUCAGCUGACUCUAGUUGACUGCAGGACAAUUAAGGAGAUGUGUGAUCGUGAAAUGUCAGCUAUUGGUAUCGCCUUGCAUCGGAAAUCAUCCACUCCUCCUCUUCCUUUGCCACCCAAGAGACGGACCAUUUCUCAAAUGGCAGGUAAUGUUUGGGAUAUAAAUAGUCCUUUCAAGAUUGUUCUCGCUCAUGGGAUCAAAAUAAAUGCAGAUGAAUCACUACGGGUUCAGGUCAGGGCUGGGAUUUUCCAUGGAACUGAACUCCUUUGUGAACCUGUUGUAAGCAAUGAGAUUUCUGGGAAAAAUGACCUUGUAUGGAAUGAGACACUGGACUUUGAAAUCAAUGUUUGUGAUCUGCCGAGAAUGUCCCGACUCUGUUUUGCUGUCUAUGGAGUGAUGGAUAAAGUGAAGAAACAGAAAUCAACAAAGAAUGUGACCAAAUACCAGACCAUUCGGAAAGCAGGAAAAGUGCACUAUCCAAUUGCAUGGGUGAACACAAUGAUAUUUGACUUCAGAGGACAGCUGAAGAGUGGUGACCUAUCACUACACUGCUGGUCGUCAUUUCCUGAUGAAUUGGAAGAAAUGUUGAAUCCCAUGGGCACAACACAGGCAAAUCCAUAUACUGAGAAUGCUACCGAGUUACAUAUUCAGUUUCAUGAAUACAGCAAAGUAGCAAUCUUCUAUCCUGCUUUUGACAAGAUCUUGGAAAAGGCAGCAGAGAUUGCACGAAGCAACGACUCCCUGAGCACAUCAGGUCGAGGAUGGAAGAAAUUACAUAUUGAGCUAAGAGAAAUCAUGGAACGAGAUCCAUUAUCACAAUUGUGUGAAAAUGAAAUGGAUUUAAUAUGGACUCUACGAUAUGAUUGUCGUGAAAACUUUCCUCAGUCACUGCCCAAACUGCUGCUCUCAGUAAAGUGGAAUAAACACGAAGAUGUGGCACAGCUCCAAGCUUUGCUCCAAAUAUGGACCAAAAUAGCACCAAGGGAGGCAUUAGAAUUGCUGGACUUCAACUAUCCAGACCAAUAUGUGCGGGAAUAUGCUGUGGGAUGUUUGAAAGAAAUGAGUGAUGAAGAGCUUUCUCAGUAUCUCCUGCAGCUGGUGCAAGUACUGAAAUAUGAGCCAUACUUUGACUGUGCCCUUUCCAGAUUUCUUUUGGAGCGAGCGCAAGCCAACAGAAGAAUAGGCCACUUCCUGUUUUGGCAUCUCAGGUCUGAAAUGCAUCUACCUGCCACUUCUCUGCAAUUUGGGUUGAUUUUGGAGUCAUACUGUCGAGGAAGUAUCCCUCAUAUUAAAGAUCUUUCCAAACAGAUGGAAGCUCUGAGUAAGAUGAAAGCUAUCAAUAGUCUCGUGAAAAUCAGUUCACUGAAGGUGGCAAAGAAUAAGUUGAAGGAUGUGAUUCAUACCUGCUUGAAACAGCCUGUGUACCAGGAAGCAUUGUCCAACAUUCAGUCACCACUGAAUCCCAGUGUUAUCCUUUCAGAACUGAAUAUAGACAAAUGCAGGUAUAUGGAUUCCAAAAUGAAGCCUCUCUGGAUAUUGUACAACAAUAAAAUGUUGGGAGGAGAGCCAGUGGGAAUUAUCUUUAAAAAUGGUGACGAUCUGCGACAGGACAUGCUGGCUCUGCAGAUUCUCCACUUGAUGGACAUGCUGUGGAAGGAGGCAGGCUUAGACCUCAGAGUUGUGCCUUAUGGCUGCCUUGCAACAGGAGAUAAAUCUGGUGUAAUUCAGGUGGUGUCUGCUGCAGAAACUAUAGCCAAUAUCCAGCUAACUAAUAGUAAUGUUGCUGCUACUGCUGCCUUCAACAAAGAUGCUUUGCUAAACUGGCUCAAGGAAAAGAAUUCUGCAGAUGCACUUGAACGAGCAAUUGAGGAAUUUACCCUGUCAUGUGCUGGAUACUGUGUAGCAACCUAUGUGCUGGGGAUUGGCGAUCGACAUAGUGACAACAUUAUGGUCCGGGAAACUGGCCAGCUCUUCCAUAUUGAUUUUGGACACAUUCUUGGCAAUUUCAAGUCAAAGUUUGGAAUUAAGAGAGAGCGUGUGCCUUUUAUUCUUACCUACGACUUCAUUCAUGUCAUUCAACAAGGAAAAACAGGGAACACAGAAAAAUUUAGCAGGUUCCGUCAAUAUUGUGAAGAAGCUUACCUGAUUCUGCGCAAGAAUGGAAACCUGUUCAUUACUCUGUUUGCACUAAUGUUGACAGCAGGACUACCUGAGCUAAGCUCUAUCAAAGACAUCCAAUACCUUAAGGACUCUCUUGCUUUAGGUAAAAAUGAUGACGAAGCAUUGAAGCAGUUUCGACAAAAGUUUGAUGAGGCCCUUCGUGAAAGCUGGACAACAAAAGUGAACUGGAUGGCUCACAUUGUGGCCAAAGACAAAUGGUCCUAGUGAAUUUUUAGCAAUGCACUGAAAGAAAUGCUGGAAGUUAAAUGAGGAAACAGCUUGCCUCUGGACCAAAUUGCAGGAGAAUUCUACAAUUGUUGGACUUCACGCCUUCCAACCUCUAGUACAACUAUAACAUAAUGAAAUAUGUAUAUAUUUGCUGGAUCUUGCUGACUUUGCACGCUGCAGGCGACUGGUUGCUUCAUCUUGAGAUUCUUAAUGGCAUGGUACUAGUGGAAUAGAUGUACACUUUUCCAGAAGUUGAGGCUGACUGAUACCAAAUAUUGAACACUAUCAACAUAGAUUCUGUGUGAUUGCUAUUGGGUGUUCAUGUUCAUAUUGUUUAUGUUGGAUUCCUUUUAAGUGGAAGAUUUUAUUUUAGAUCAGUUAGUCUGGACUGAAAGGUCAUGAUAGGAUCCAGUUAACAGGAGCUGGUGAUAGUUAGUUAUUUUUAUGAAAUAAGCAUUUAUAUAAUUCUGGAUUUUAGUGACAUGAGUCUAUCCCAUAGUAAAACACCGAGAAUAGUAUCAAUCUCCUUGGAUGCUAUUUGAUCAGUGCCAUAUUGCUGCAGAUGUUGUUUUAAAUCCAAGGAGAAUGAUUCUGUUUUCACUGAAAGUUAUGAACAAUAGGUCAAUGUAAUAAAGUUGGUCUGAAAGGAAAAUAAACUGAUACUCAAGACACAUCUAUUCUACCCAUGACACUACUCAUCCUGACUCCUUAUCAUUUGAUGGAUGGUUUGCAAACAACUGGUGAAUAAGCGUGGAAUUGCCAUUUUUGUUCUCCAACCAUUGUUGAGAUCUUAGCAUUGAAUAAGGAAAAUGCUUAGCAGUGCUGUAUUUGUGAAUUUGCAUUUUAACAUGUCAAGUCAACUUUAGAUUUUGAGUGAUUUCAAUCAUGCUUUGUGGUGUGUUUCAGAUGAUGUUGUAGAGAUGAUGAGAGAGAUAUUUUCAGUCUUGCACCAUCAGUUUAAGACCCUAUCUGGAAUUAAUUCAAAGGGCUUUAGCUGCACUUUUCAGGCUGUGUUAUCCCAGGAAUGAUAAAGUUGUGCUGGCUUGACUUAUUUCCUGUCACUUUAAUUGUGAUUACUAAGAUAAAUUAAAAUCAGCUUUUAUGUUCCAUUCUCGAAUGUAGCUUUAUUUUAAUCAUUCAUGGGAUGUACUCAUUGCUGGGUGGACCAGCAGUUAUUGCCCAUUCCGAGUCACCCUGAGAGAACCACUGCUGGUCCUUUUGCUGUAGGUAGACAAAUGACGCUAAUAGGGAGGGAGUUCCAGGAUGUUGACCCAGCAAUGCCAAUGGAAUGGUGAUUAUUCCAAGUUAGGACGAUUAGUGGCUUUUUGGUGGUGGUGGUGCUGUCGCUGUCAUGCAUUUUGUCCUGGAGAAUAGAAUUCACAUGUUUGGAAGGAGCUGUCAAAAGGCAGCUUGCAGAGUUAAUGCAAGUGCAUUAUAUGGAUUGUACGCAUUGCUGCCAUUACAUUGUCAGUGGUGAAGAGAGUGAGAAUGUUGGAUGCCAAUGUCGCAAGCUGCUCUGUCAUGUGUGAACUUGUAUUAAUGGUGUCUCCUCAACAUGAGGCAACAGUGAGGAUACUUGUAAGGAAAAGAAUUGCUCUGAUCUCACGUUAUCUUAAUGUAAGCAUGUUCCUUAGAUCAGAGUUCUGAUAUUUCAAAACAUAACACCUGGAUUGUCUAGGUAGUCAGAUGUGCUUAUCUGAUAUAGAUUCAUUUUGUCACAGUGUUAUCAAGUUUGCUAAUUAAUAUUUUGAGGAGUACCCAACAUUGGUGUAGGUCCACAUUUAAAUGAACAGAGAACAUAUUGGUAUUUACAAAAUGUAAAUUGUUUAGUAAACAGAUUUUUGAAUUGUAAAUGCCAGGCUGUCCUGCGGUGAUUCUGAUGUGAAAUUAUACUGGGAAACUAAUAUUUCUGGUGUGGUGGAGGCCUUCUGUAGUUCCAUUUAGACACACCAAAAGCACACUGCAUUCAAAUUGCCCACUGACGCAAACCACAAAGGAGAUCACUUGGUUCAAUCUGUGGUUUUUUCUGACCCUCAGCAGCUACUGUUUAUUAAGGGUCCUGCCACUUUUUUUUGAUUCAGCUAUUUUAAUGCUGCUUUAAUUUGCCUUUAUCUACAGUGCUGCUCAAUGGAGGGGUAAGAUAUAUAACAAGUAAACAGUGAACACUGCAGUUUUGAUGCCUAGAUGGAAUGGUACUGCAUUUUCGCUUCCUUGGUGCUACUGCAGGCAACUACUUGUAAUUUGUGCAAUACAAAGAUUUUUUGCCACAAAACAGUCAUGGUUGCAGGCGCUAAAACAUUAGUGAGGGAACCAUCUUCAGUUCUUCUGCCUUUUCAGGCGAAGAGCUAUCAGGUUUUAACAGUAUGGGUAUUACAAGUUAAUGCAACCUUUGCUUUCAAAUUUUAAACUGAAAAUUUAUUAAAGGUAAUUUGGAAUAAGGAAGCUUCCUUACAAGCAUUGGGUAUGUGGUGUUAUCAGGAUUUAACUGUAUUGAAUAUUACAUGGUAAGUGCUCAAAGCACUGUGUAGAUUUUGGAAUAUUAUUAGAGUUCUUCACUGAACAGAAACCUCCAUUAAGAAAUCGACCAAUUGUCAUUAUGGUAAAUAUGAAAAAAACUGGUAAGAUGGACUUUUUUUAAAAACCUAACAAAGUGAAGUGAUUUUUAUUUGCACAGUUUAACCUAAAUGCUUUGAUAUUAAUACUUUAGUGCACUUUAGCAAAUAGUUAGUGUCAGCAAAGAUACCUCUUUUGCAUGCUUAAGAUUGACAUGGGCAUAUGCCAACUGUAGUCCUGAAUUUUUUACAGCUUGCCUUUGUUAACUGUUCAGGUUGGAUGUUUGUCAGAUAUUCUGAGUAAUACUGGAGUUUCUUGAAGUUCUCAGCUUAAAACAACUGAUUAUUUAUUUGGGAAAGUUACUUUCAACAGUAAGGAAGCCAAAUUAUAAAGAUUGAUUUACUUUUUUAAAAUGUAUAUUUUGAAAUGCAUGCCUGUUUCCAAUCAGUUAUCCACCCAAAAUAGUAUAUAUAGACAAACAUUAUACUGGCCUGGGAAAAACUGCAGUAAAUUUUCAAAUGUAAAGGAAUACAGCUGAUUUUAAAAAAAGCAUUCUGAAAAGUCAGUAGGGUACAUUGCUUCUUCAUUAUCCCUCUAUUUUCAGCCAAAUCCCUCUAUUGUAGCCAAAAUUAGAAUUAUUCCAUUAAUGGAGAUCUAUCUUUGUGUGCUAGACCUACUUUUUGCAAAGCCUUAAGUGUAAAGUGUUAUUUAUUUGGUUUAAAUGCAUUUUCAAUGUGGAUUUUACUGUCUUCCCAUCUGUUUUAUCAAUUGUCAUCUGUCCUCCCUCUUAGAAGUGUGGGACAUUGAGCUGCAGACUACUCCAUGGCUGCUGUCAAUGCUGCUUUGAGUGUCAGACUUGCACAUGGCAUAGCAGACUGGACGUCUGAGUAUUUUUCCAUGCUCAUGGCGAGUGGGGUGGGGUGCACUGGUCCACCUUGUAAUUAAUGGAGAAUUAUCAAAGCGUGUAAUGCCAGAUGAGGUUGGAUUUGGGAUUUGAGCCAGUAACCUCACUAUUGGUAUUCCCAUGCUUUAUUAUCAAUGCUACUGUUCUGCCUUUUGUAUAUUGUUUAUAAGAAUCAAUAAUGCUUGUUGCUACUACUGAGUUGUGUAGAUUUGUACAGAAUUAUUACAGGACUUAAAAAUAAAUUUUCUCCGUAAGGGCUUGGGCAACACUCCUAUAAUAUUCCAAUAAACAUCAUGCAAACUGGAUUUAUUUAAAUUGUGUCCUUGUAAUAAACAAGUAAACUGUAUGAUAAAUAACUGGCAUGCAGGGAACUGUGCCUUUUAAAGAUUGGCCAUAGAUUUUGAAUGUACUGAUGUUUACUGUUUCAAAAUUUUAUCCUGUUUAUAUUAAAUCAUGUCAUUUCAGAAGGAAAUCUGCAAGGAACAGGA